AUGUGGUCGCUCGGCCACGAACAAAUCGACGGCGACCUUGAACUGGAUCCGCACUCACUACCAUGUGGUGGAGUCCAAAUCUUCCCUGACAAAGCAAGACGUUUAUGAACAUUACAGAAGGUUCUGCGAGGCCUCAAGAGUGGGCGUGAUGAGCUCAGCAGACUUUGGCAAGUUGGUGAAGGCUGCGUUCCCGAAACUGCACCACCGUCGACUGGGCCAGCGGGGAAAGUCCAAGUACUGCUAUGUGGGGCUGGCCAGGAAGGAAACUGUCGAGUCCCCGAGUCUCCCGUCUUUGGAUCCUGCAGUGGUCACUCACGAGAACGUUAUCGCGAGCAAGGACCCCCCGGUGAGCGAGCUCCACCACAUGUCGUGCCAGCUGGUGUGUGAGUGGGCGGGGCAGGUCCUGGAGAAGCCUGUGGGCGACAUCGUCAGUCUGUCACAGCACCUGUUUGACGUCGGACUCUCGUGCGGCCGCGCCGCCACCAAGUUUGCUCUCCUGUCGGGGAACCCUGGCCUGUCCCGGGUAGAAGACAAGGACAAGACGUGGUCCCAGAUCCGCCACCAGGAGAGACAGCUGCUCCUUCAGCGGAAACUGCAACAGAACAAACUGAUCCGCGAGCACAAGGACCGGCUGAAACAACAAAUGCAGCAGCAACAGCAACAACAGCAGCCACAGCAGCGGUCAGGCACACAUCACGGAGACUCCCCGCCGGUGGCCACAAGUGGUGGGACGAGCACGGCGCUGCUGUGUAUGGUCCCGGGGAAGACAGCGCGCUGUAUCUCUGUACAGCCCCGGCUCACCACCUCGCUGUUGUCCGACUCCCUCGACUCCACCUGGCUGUGCGACUCGUCUGACGGCGGCGUGGGUGGGGCGGGGGCGAGUGCCGGGGCAGUCUGCUGUAACGACAGAGGGGAGGGAGUGAUGGUGAAGCCUAAGAGGUGCAUCAGUAGCAGCGCUGUUCUCAGCCACAGGGAGUCGCGGAAAAACACCACACCCUCGCUCGGGAGAGACGAGGCAGCUGGUGGAGACAACAACAACAUGGCCGGCGGUCCCGUCGGAGGAAUAACGAUGACGUGGCCUGUGGAAGUGUCUAUCGGGACUGCGUCGACGACCAAUGCGACCCUGAUCUCGCCCACGUCUUCCGUCUAUUCUCUCGACUCCACAUCCAAUCUGUCGGGAAUCUCCUCCCUGAGCACCAUGUCCCACGCGGUUUGUGGGCUGCCGGCGGUGGGCGCGGGCUCGCUCCUCCUGCACCACAAACGUAUCGCGACCAGCAUCAGCCCCGACCAGGUUUCCACCACCAAGAGACGAUGCAUCACCUCGCUUGGCGUCUUCAAACACCCGGAGGAUGUGGACUGGACCAAUGACUGCCCCGCUAGCCGCUGGCCCACCACGCCCGCCCGCCCCUUCUCCUGCCCCACCGUGUACAACGGGAUGCCGCGUGACGAGAGGAAGAAGGAGGGGAAGACCGCGGCGUCCAGCGAUGAGCUCAGCAUGGCUGGGGACAACACGGGGGAGGUGGUGGGUGAGGGCAAGGUGGGCGUGGCACGAGAGUCGAGUGAGGCGGGGGGGCACGGGGUGGUCAGACCACAACACAAGACGCUGAACCAUCCCCACAAGUCCUCCAAAGGUCAGCGGAAACAUGGCAAGUCUCACACGGACGACGGGCUGGAUGGGCGGGCCAAGACAGAGCUGUCCGGUGCGAGCAGUGACCACAAGUUCCACUGUGUCCAGAAGCCAGUGGUCAUCAACUGUUCCAAGAGCAGCAUGCACGUGGUGGCUUCCUGCCCCGACCUACAGGCCUCCAAGACGUUGUCCGACACCUGGACGACACCCGCCGACACCUGGACGACACUGGCCGAUGCCUGGACGACACGGGCCAACACAUGGACGACGCCCGCCAGCUCGGGCCAGUCGUACAACAUCCUCAACUCCCUUCUCUCCUCCUCCAGUGACUGGUCCCCGGCCCCCGCCCGCCUGGCCGACCAAUCACGGCCCCUCUCCUCCUCCUCCUCGGACCUGCUAGACGUGAGACUGCGUCUGACCUCCAGUCUGUCACAGGGCACAGACAGCCCCAGCCUCCUCUCCUCUCUCUCCAGCCGCAGCGCCUUCGUCCCCGUCACCAGCCAGAAACAGCAGGGGGCCUCGCCGCUAGUGGCCGACCUUGACACACCAGAGACCGCCAUGUCCGGGAACACGACCGCCGGCCUGGCUCUCAAGUCUGGCUGCGGUACCUCGGAGCCUGUGCUGAGUCGUUCGUCGACCUCCGACCUCCCUGUGUCUGUCCUCUCUAGCAGUGCAGGCUCGCUGUUCAGUAGUAAGGAAUCGGGCCAGUCUCAGAGCGAGGAGAGUAUGGACACGUCCUUCGCUACUUCCGACAGCGACAGAAGCAUGGAAGUUGUUGCCAAAGUGGCCUCGUCAGACGUAGCGCCCCCCAGUGUCAGCGACACAGUGGUGGUCGCCGUGCCUGUCAGUGCGGGGAAGAAGAGCAGCGGGGGUGAGCUGAGGUCAUCCGUGACGACCCCCACACCGCCGCUCAAGGUCGGUGAUGUGGUGACGUCGCAACACAACACAGGGAGGAAACACACACACGACGACUCGGGCAGCUCACUCUCCACUUCCUGCUGUGCGACCGCCACCUGCCAAGGGGCGCGACCCAAAUCUUCGGGCAGCACCAACAGUCAGGUACACCACGGCACUAACUCAUCGUCUCCCCUGAGUGCCGCCAAGCGAUGUGUCAAGAGUCGGUUCACGCCGAUCCGGCCCAAGCUCCACCCGGCGGCCACCACCCCGUCCCCUCAGAAGAAAGACAUGCGGCCCGUGGCCACUAUCCUCAAGGAGAAACGCUGGCACUCGGCCAAAGAUCUCUUCGUCAAUCUGGUGACCAACUACCAAGGGGAGCUAAACGUGCAGAUGUCCUCGGAGAUCCUAGGUGUGUCCCCGCCCCGGGGCAUCCUGUCGUCCGACGUUCUGCUGGCUGUUGGCCAGGACGCUGGGUCUGUCAAACCUGGCGUGCCCGAGGCGGCAGCGGCGAGAAUCAUGACGCCGACUCUGAUCCUGGAGCCUGUCUCCCAGCCCACGGGGUUUGCCCCACCCCUCACAACACCACUGCUCUCUCCCCGGUCCGCCCCCAUCCUGCCCAAAGUCAUCAAGCCACAAUUGACCUUGGCCGGCCUCAAGCCACAAACGUCUCCCUGUGAGCCCAGCGGCGCCAACGUCAAACCUGUCGACACUUCCUCCAGUAAAUCUGGCAACCUCAUCAUUCUGUCCCCCAGCUCCGUGGAGAAAGUUCCGUCUGUGAGCCAAGCUGUGCACACCACGCUCAUCGUGGAAGACGGGCAGGGCAACAAGUACGCGCUAGACAGCGUGCCCCCCGCCCCCACCCUCCCCCCGGGCUUCCAUCAGUUGUGUCGCAGCAACCUGUCGCCUAAGAACUUCAGUGUGGUCAAAGCCACGCCCAGCAACAAGGGGCAGUCCGUGGUCAACAUCUCAGAGAUCAAAGCCCACGUGUUUGGGCCGGAUGCCCAAGGUCAGUCGUACAUCAGCAUCCCCCACACUGAGACCUGGCUCUCAUCGGCCGCCGCAGUGUCCCCAAGUGUGGUCCCACACCUCUCUUCGGCCACCGCCGUGUCCCCGAGUGUGGUCCCACACCUCUCAUCGGCCGCCGCAGUGUCCCCAAGCGCGGUCCCACACCUCUCAUUGGCUGCCGCUGUGUCCCCGAGUGUGGUCCCACACCUCUCAUUGGCUGCCGCUGUAUCUCCGAGCGUGGUCCCACACCUCUCCUCAGCAGUCUCCAUAUCCCCAAGUGUGUCCACUAGCAACGCUCAGAGCAUGCCACAGUGCGAGACCACCGCGUGCACACCAGUCCUCUCCACACCCCGCACCACGCCCGUCUCUCUCCCAGCCACCCCACAGACAGCAGCGCCGCAGCAACAACAACAACAACAACAACAGCAGCAACAACAGCAACAGCAACAACAGCCAGCCAACUUGUUCCUGUCGCGUUCCUCCUCCUCGGCUCUCCUGUCAGAGCUGAGCCAGCUAGCCAGUGCCAAGGAGAACCAGACGUGUCAGCCGGGGCUGGUCAACAGUGGUCAGAUCAGGCCAGGAACCCCCCAGGACAGCAGGCUCGCCCCGCCCACACCCACCAGCACAGAUGCUCGUCCAGCCAGAGACAAAGAGGCGCCACCCACCUGCCAGUCGUUUGAGAGCAGCCUCCAGCGACACGCCACACUCUCCGCGUUCCACCCAUGUGUGGUCAACAAGACCUCCGAGGGAAACGUCGCCGGUGAGACAAGGACACUGACGGGUGAGACAAGGACACUGACGGGUGAGACAAGAACACUGACGGGUGAGACAAGGACACUGACGGGUGAGACAAGGACACUGACCUGUGAAGCAAGGACACUGACCGGUGAAGCAAGGAUGCUGACCGGUGAAGCAAGGACACUGACCGGUGAGGCAAAGACAUUGACCGGCGCGGGGGCGGGGAACUUGGUGGUACUUCCCUCACAGGUGGGUCGCCAGACAGACGGGCAGGGUGAGGGGGCGGGCAGACAGGGAGAGUCGCAGACCGGUGGUCACGCCGCUUGCUCCACGGGGAAGGAAGACGCAGGAAGUGACAAGACACAGCAAGUGCUUCGUAAACGAAAGGCCAGUCGCAGCAGGGAAGACGGUCAGGCUGGCAAGAAGCGACAGAACACAUCGGGGCAGGAAAUGCCUGGCGUGUCGGAGACCUCUCUCGGCAGCUGUGUGACCGAGUCCCCUGUCACUGGAUCGCAAAGUUGUCCAGAUUUGGCAGUGAAUGGUGCGUCUUAUUGUUUCAGAGCGGCCGCUGGGAAAGAACCGUGUGAUGACGACGUAUUUAUCAUCAACGGAGAAAACAAGACAGGUUCCCAUUUGAAUUCUGGGAGAGCAGGAUCGAAUGUGGCGGCGGCGCUCACGUCAAAGACAGUAACGGAGCUGGACAAGGUCGGCCCAGACACAGAGACGUUGCUGGGACUUAUAGAAACCUCAAAGUCCAUGACGGUCAAGCAGACGCUGCAAGCCCUCAACUCCCUCAAGGCCAAAAUGUGCCAGGGUCAGACCGCGGGCUCUGUGCAACCACCGAGGGACCAGCGUGUCGUGGCAGGGCCAGGACAAGACUCUGGGACUGACGCUGUUACCGGCGCUAGGAAACUGAGCAGCAGCCGAGCUCAGAACGAGGCCAACACGCUGUCUUCUACUCACGGAAAGCUGAACACUCUGUCUCAAGGAGGAAGCUCCAAACAUGCUGCGGUCAGAACCACGGAGGAUUGGAGCACCAGCAGCAGCGGGCAGGGGAGGGAAGCCACAAAGUUCUCGGGGCCCGUCUCCUCCACCCCUACCUCCCCGCCUCGCGGCAGUCGCAGAAACGUGAGCCUCAACCUUGAGAGCCUGGAGAGUGACGCGCUCCUGGACACAGAGCCCGCGCUGGACCACCGCCUCUUCUCCGACAUGUCUGACCACAAAACCUCCGUGGCCGUCGCCGCGCGCUCCACAAAAUCCUCCUCUCGCCACCGAGCGAAAGACAGGCUGAGGACCAACGAGCAAAACAAGCCUCCGUAUGAGAUAAGCGACAGCGCGCUGCGGUCCUACCAGAAAAUCCUGAGUGCCAAGGAGCAGCUGGACAAGUUGUGCGCCAGCGAGGCCAGGGAGCAACUGUCCAGGUCGAAGCAGACGGGCGUGUCCGGCCAGCGAGAGAACAAAAUGGUGGACAGUCGGCCCAAACAGCCGGACAGGACAAGCAGGGUGAAGGGCGUGGAGCCGAGGCGGAGCCGAUCCUGUGUCAACGAGAUUCUGAGAAAUGAGGACAGAGCGAAUUCUUCCACCUGUCAUGUCGCUCCAGCGGCCGACGGUCGAGUCGUGCGGUCGUCAUCGGUCGCCAGAGUGGAGGGAUCUACUCCCAGCCAGGAAAUCUGGCAAUGUCUGUUGCAGGAAAAACAAGCAAUGGGUGAACUGUGCAUGGGAGUUUUUUCUUCACAUCCACCGUCGAAAUCUUUGCCAGGUGCUCUCGGGUUGUCAGUCGACACAAACGUCUGUACCGUCAAUUUGCCAGUUCCUUGUACUGGGGGUGAUGAUGUGACACACAAAGGUCAAAGUUCGGGGACAUCAGAAGACAACGAACUCCCGUCAGACAUCAUUGACUUCAUCACAGAAUCGAUGUCUUCGAGAGCGGCUAGUUCCAAGGCCGACGUUUUGAACUCUCUGUUGAUGAAUCCUUUCAACACCAAGGGGAUUCCCCCAGUCAGCAGCGGGGAGCCCGAGAGUCCGUGUGAGGGGGUGGGCGGGUGUCAGGCGGUGGCUGCGGACGUGGCGGGGAUGAACACGUGGAGAGUCUUGAGAAGCCUGUCCGUUCCCAACACCGUGCCAGAUUUCCCCGGCUGUCCGGGUGUGAAGCCAGGAGUGGAGGGUAGCAAGGCCGGGGCUGUUUGCCAGGACAGCGCUGUGCUGAGAAGUCGCUCGGUGCUCAGCUGUGGGGCGGAGUCACGCCACACUCUCCCCCCACAACUGUCGCAGCUCAAUGUGGUCACCCAGCCGGGAGCCAUGUUGCCAGGUGUCGGAGAUGCGGAGAAAUCGCUUCAACUGUCGGCCGGUGAUUCAGGUGGGAUGAAAUCUGCCAAGUGUUUGACCAGCAAUGAUUCCGCUGUGAAGGCUACCACCAACCUGUCCAGCAGCACUGACCCCAGCCUGACCUCCACCAAUCUGUCCAGCGGCACGUUCCUCAGCCCCGUGGGGCCCGCCAGACUCACCAGACGCUCCUCUGUAGAACGGGCCAGCGGCGAGCGGCCGGUGAGAAAAUCGCCUGUGGACAUUGUAGCGGGAAAACUUCCCGACUCUGCGGCUUGGGGGAGAACUCCCGUGGAGCGACAGAGCGGGAAGAAGUCGAGCAGUGUCGUGGUGGACAGACCCACGGACGGUUCUGUGUCUAGGUCUCGAACCCAAACCCCAGUGGACAGGUCUCUGACGAAGACGCCAGUGGAGGGCAUGCGCUCAAGGACACCUGUCGACCGGUCGCUGACAAAGACGCCGGUGGAUCGGCUGAUGAAGAGCGUGGUCCCUGUGAGUAAGUCUCCAUGUAAGAGCCUGGAGCGCGCUGUGAGCAGAACCCCAGUAGACCACUUGCUCUGUGCCGGCUCCCUGGACAAGCUGAAGGUCAAGGCCCCCGUGGACACGUCAGUGAUGAGCACAACCAUCGACCUUGACACCUUCAACGUGUCCUACAACGGGGACAGUCUCCACAAAGGCGUUUGUUUCACGGCACUGUCCUCGUCGCCAGACAUGAGCUGUGCCCCAAGAUCUAUCGCCGCCGCAAAAAGCAAAGAUGUCUCGAACAACGCUUCUGUGACAAGAACGUCCAACAGGGCAACAUCGAGCGAUUGUAUGGGUGGCAACCCUUUCCCUGACCGCUCCAUCAGUCGCACGCCUGUCGACGGUCUGCUGCGUCAGUGGUCGGCCACAAGACCAAACUCGGAGAACACCCGGGUCAGUCGGUCGUUGAACCAAACACCCGCGACUGACGCGGGAUACAGCAGUGUCAGUGCCACGCCCGUGUCAGACGUGAGCAGCAGCAGUGUCAGCCCCAGCCCCGUCAUGAUGUCCGUGUUGGGUGAGUGCGGGCGGCGAGAGCUCACCUCACCGGCCACCAUCUUCAUGCCGCUGCGCCCUGACUCGGCUCUGAGCGUAGCCCCCUCCGGCAAGUCGUCACGGCAACAAGACCAGACGUCCCAGCUGUGCUCGGAGGAGGACAAAGCGUGGACCAGCGAGUGUUGGGCUCCGUGGGGCGUGGCACCAGCCCCAGACCACGACCCACACAGCCAGUCUGGCCAGCUCAACAACGCCGGUGUCCGUAAACAGAUCUCGGAAUGUGGCGACUCGCGUCUGUUCACCGAGGUCAGUGUCGGGGAUUCGUGGUCUACCCCCGACCUUGAGAGCCUUCUGUCCCUGUCCCUGCAGUGUAUCCCCACGCCUCCCUCCUCCCCCUCCUCCUCACCAGACAACGCCCACACCCACCCCUCCCCCGUCCCCUUCACCGGCCACCCACCAUCCAUCAGACCCCACAAGUCAGAAGGGAGCACCUUCCUCCCCCCCCAGUCUCCCAAACCCUCCAGUUCCCCGAUGUCCCUGAGCAAGAGACGUCUGGUCUCCCUCAG